UAUCGUUGACGUUCCCGUCGGCCGUUGGACAGACAGCUCACACACUGGGCUGUGCCUGCCCGUCUCUAAACCCAGCAGUUAGUCGUCGUAGUUCUCCACUUAGCCUGCUAGCUGUGUAUUUUUUCCUGAGGAGACGUAGGCUGUACAGAAACACAUCAGGGUCCUUCUUGUGAGCAGCACUUUUUCUCCCUCCUCCCUUUUCCUGGUUUUUCUUUUUGUUGAACAUUUUUUGUUUGUUUUUAUUUUUAUUUUUUUGUUUAAUUGAUUUGGGUGAGGAGAGAAAAGCUUUGCUGUCACAGAGCUGCAACCUGUUGUUUUGAUGGUCUGGGGUCAGUCUGUACCCACCGACGGACACAAGCCUUGUGGGUCUAGCAGAUCACAGGAGGAAACAUGAGCACAGCCAAGCCCAGUGGGAUCAAAGGGCCCAGCAAGAUAGCUAGGCCACCUGGGACAGCAGCCCCCAAGACCAACCCUAGCACAGCAGGCGCUAAAGCUGCUGCGGCCGACAAAUCAGCUGCAAGUGCCAGUGGAGGAGAUGACCAGGGUGCUGGGGAGAACUUUGAGAUCGGGGAGCGAGUAUGGGUGAAUGGGAAUAAGCCGGGCUACAUUCAGUUUUUAGGAGAGGCACAGUUUGCCCCAGGACAGUGGGCAGGAAUCGUUCUAGAUGAGCCAAUCGGGAAGAAUGAUGGGUCGGUGGCAGGGGUGCGCUACUUCCAGUGUGAACCCCUGCGAGGAAUAUUUACCCGCCCAUCAAAGUUGUCUCGCACAGAGGGGGAGGCUAAUGGAACUCAGACGGCACCUACCUCCCGCGCGGCAUCACCCACCCCUUCAGUUGGGAGUGUAGCCUCGCAUACACCCACCACAAAAUCAACAUUACCCUCAACUACCACGGCAACCAAGAAGGCAUCCACCACUACGCCAGCUACGCCAGCUACACCAGCUACACCAUCCUCCAACCUCGCACGCACGAACAGUGAAUCUGUCUCCAACCUCUCUGAGACUGGAUCAGUCAAGAAGGGGGAGAGGGAACUGAAGAUGGGUGACCGAGUAUUGGUUGGUGGUACCAAGGCAGGAGUGGUACGUUUCCUUGGAGAAACAGAUUUUGCCAAAGGCGAGUGGUGUGGCGUGGAAUUGGAUGAGCCCUUAGGAAAGAAUGAUGGAGCAGUGGCAGGCACAAGAUAUUUCCAGUGCCAACCCAAGUAUGGCUUAUUUGCUCCAGUGCACAAAGUCACACGCAUCGGCUUCCCCUCCACGACGCCAGCCAAAGCAAAAACAACCGUUCGGAAGGUAGUGGCGACACCAUCGGGGUUAAAGCGGAGCCCUAGUGCCUCCUCCAUCAGUACCAUGAGCUCUGUGGCAUCCUCUGUUAGCGCCAAGCCCAGCCGCACAGGCCUGCUAACAGAGACAUCAUCACGGUAUAAUCGUAAGAUAUCGGGCACCACAGCCCUGCAGGAGGCGCUGAAGGAGAAGCAGCAGCAUAUUGAGCAGCUUAUGGCUGAGAGGGACAUGGAGAGAGCCGAGGUUGCCAAGGCCACCGGCCACGUUGGAGAGAUGGAGCAGGAAAUUAGCCUGCUCAGGGACGAUCGGGAGCAGAUGGAGGCCAAGAUGGAUCAUUUACGUGCCUUGGUAGAAGCUGCGGACAAAGACAAAGUCGAGCUGCUGAAUCAGCUGGAGGAGGAGCGUAGGAAGGUGGAGGACCUUCAGUUCCGCGUAGAAGAAGCUUGCAUUACCAAAGGAGACCUGGAGACGCAGACCAGACUGGAGCAUGCCCACAUUAAGGAGCUUGAACAGAGCCUACUCUUUGAAAAGACCAAAGCUGAGAAACUCCAAAGAGAGUUAGAAGACACUAGGGUUGCUACUGUGUCGGAAAGAUCCCGAAUUAUGGACCUUGAGAGGGACCUUUCACAGCGAACAAGAGAGGUGGCUGACCUGCAGCUGCGUCUCGGGACCCAGCAGGGUUCUGAGGACUCAGACUCUGCUCUUUCUCCCCUUCUGGAAGAGAUAAACUCUUUGAGGGAUCAGUUGGCUUCUCAAGAGGCUAAGCAGCAAGAAGAGCUGGCAAACUACAAGGAGAAGCUAGAAGCUCAAGAAAAGACCCACAGUGAGGCAGCUGCCCAGCUGCAGGCUGCAUCUGUAAGGCUCUCUGGUGACAACGAGCAGUUGCAGAUGCGCUUAAGCCAGGCUGAGAAGGAGAAUGCUGACACUAUUGAACUGUGGCGUUCCAAGUUGGAAUCUGCUAUUGCCUCUCACCAGCAAGCCAUGGAGGAGCUGAAGGUGUCAUUCAGCAAAGGCGCAGGUGCCCAGACAGAAGAACUUAUUGAAACCAAAAGUGCACUAGAGAGGCUGAAGAUGGAACACAAGUUGGCUCUAGAGGAGGCUGGAGCCAAACACAAGGGUGAUGUCGCAGCCUGCACUCGGGAGAUGCAGGCACUGAAGGCACAACUGUCGUCCUUGACUGAGGACAAGGAGCGACUGGAGGAGUCGCUCCGGUCCAGCGUUGAAAAAACAGAGGAGCAGCACCUUGUGGAGAUGGAGGAUGUUCUUGGAAAACUUCAUGCUGCUGAAGUUAGGGUGAAGGAGCUUGAGGAGAAAGAAGAGAUGUUGGCACAACAGGCCCAAGACAAGGACAGAGAAACCAAAGAGCAGAUGUCAGAAAUGGUGGCUCUGCGCAGCCAAAUAGCACAAGGUAACCAGGAGCUUGUGGCCCUGAAGAGUCAAUUAGAAGUGGUUCAAAGCCAAGGGACCGACCAGGGUGCAAAGGUUAGUGAAUUGAGCUCACAGUUGGAGGCCCAAAAGCAGGAAGUCCUCUCUUUACAGCAGAGUCUGACAACUGUGCAGAAGGAGAAGGAUGCCCUGGGACAGGAGCUGGGAGACCUGAAACAAAAGUCGGCUGAGGAGCAGACUAAAUCAUCAAACACUAUGCAAGAAACACUUGAGAAGCUCAGUCAGAAGGAAGAGCAAUGCACGUCUUUGACCACCGAAUCAGAGUCUCUAAAAAGUCAACUUGCUGGGCUGGAGAGGAAGCUCAAGGCCGCAGACGAAAAACUUGAGCAGCUUUCCAAGGAUAAAAGCAAGCUGGAAAAUGAUAUUUCAGACAUGAUGAAGACCUCUGGUGACAGUUCUGCACAGCUGACCAAAAUGAAUGAAGAUCUCAUACAGAAAGAAAGGAGACUUGAGGAGUUACAGAGUCAGCUAUCAGAGGAGAAGGAGAAGGUUGCACAUUCAAAUGAACAACUCCAGCAGGAACAGUCCCGCAAAGAACAGGAGCUGAAAGAGACCAGAGAAACACAUCAGUCUGAAUUGAGUGGACUUCAGGAGAAGAUCACUAACUUGGAGAAGGCUGUUAAACAAGGUGAGGCCCUGGUUGAGGAGCUGAAGGCUUCACAAGAAAAAUCCCUCUCUCAGGCCUCAGAGCUCCAUGCGAAGGAACUUGAGGCGCUGCAGAGUGAGGCUGACAAGUUGAAGCAGGAGCUCUCCUCCUCCAAGGACAAAACCAAGGACCUUGAGAAGUUGGUAUCUGAGCUGCAGCCGUACAAGGAACAGGCUCAGUGUCUUUCUGCUGAGCUUGACUCCUCCAAGCAUGAUGUUGAAAAUAUGUCCAAAAAACUGGAAAAGCAGAGUCUAGAUCUGGAAAGUAAGUGUAAAGAAUUUGAGGAUGUUAAGGCUGAGAAAGGCAAACUGGAGAAACAGCUUUCAGAGGCGCAGACUAAGCUCUCUGCCCUUGAGAUUACUCACCAGGAGCUCUCAGUCCAGCAUGAAGAGCUGCGAGUAACCAGAGACAAGCUUUCAAAACAUCAAGAGGAACUACUCGCCAACAACAAGAGCUCAGAUGAAGAAAAGACUUCAUUGAACAAUGAGUUGCAGAAGCUCAGAGAUCUUCUUCAGGAAGUUCAGACUGAAAACAAAAACCUGAAACAUGCUAAAGGUGAGCAACAGGUCCAAAUUGAGGAGCUUCAAAAACAAAAUGCAGAGAAGAAUGACUUGCUCCUAAAGCAUCAGCAGGACAUCCAGCAAAUUGAGGCUAAAAAGAAGCAGCUACACGAGGAUUAUGAAGAUGUCUGCAAAGAGAAGAGCCGGCUCGAAAACGACCUCAAUGAAAGCAGGUCGAAGUUCACAAGUGAGAAGGACAAUCUUAUCUUAGAGAGAGACUCUGCUAGAAAUGCCAAAAAAUCUCUUGAUGCGAAGAAUGCUGAGUUGCAGGCAAAACUUAAAUCCUUGAACUUAGAAAAAGAAGACCUCACAAUGAAGAACACCCAGCUGCAGGCCCUCACAGAAACACUGACAAAAGAGAAAGUAGAGAUGUCCUCUGAAAUCAGUGCUGCUGUGUCGGAUAAAAAGAGCCUUGAGACCAUGAAGGAGGAGCUCCAAAAUAAGCUCAGUGUUACUAAGAAAGACUUGGAGAGCUCUGUCCGUGAAUGUGAAGAGCUAAAAGCCUCCAAAAUGAGCCUGACCCAGAUGCUUGAAGAGUUUAAGACAAGCAGUCAGGUGACUGAUUCUGAGAGGCUUCAGCUUCUGCAGGAGAAAGAAGACUUACUCGCAAUCCAAAGAAAAGUCUGUAAUGAGAAAGAAGAGCUCCUUAGAGAGAUAGAAGAAUUAAAAGAGAAGCUUCAAGUCUCUGCAGAACAACUGUCAAAGUCUAACGAGAAACUUAAAGAAGCAUUAUCAUCUUUUGAGCAAGAGAAGGAAGCAUUUCGCCUUCAGGGUUCUGAAAGUGAGAUGGCUCUACAUGUUAUACGAAAAGAAAAGAUGAGCCUGGAUUCAGCACUAGAGCAGCAGAAAAUGGAUUAUGAGCGUUUGGCAGGGGAGAAGGGAGAAUUAGAGGAGAAGCUCACAAAAGCCAUAUCUGACAAUGAUACUCUUUCUCUUGAGCGCGAUAAGCUAGCUGGUGACAUCCGAACAAGUAAAGACCAGUUGGAUAGUUACACCAGAGCUAAUGACCUCUUUGUUGAAGAGAAGUCUCGCUUAACGACAAUGCUAGAGGAAACCAAACGCCAAAAAGAAGAAGUUGCAGCGGAGAUGACGUCUGUGAAACGAGAAAAAGCCGACUUACAAAAUGAGGUGCAGAAACUCAACUCUGAUAUUGAAGUUCUUAAAAAGGGCAAAAAUGAACUGGUUCAGGAGCAGAGUAAACUAAAAACGGAUCUUGAGAAGGCAAAUUCAGAACUUUCUCAACAGGUUGAUAACCUUACAAAAGACUGUCAGCGUCUGCAGUCAUUGCAGACUGAAGCUGACAACAAAGCACAGUCCUCACAGAAAGAGAACCAGGGUCUGCUUCAGGAGAUCCAGGAAUUAAAAUGUCAGAUUGAAUCAGUGUCAGGGGCCAAGCACCUUCUUGAGACCCAGCUACAGGCUGAGUCCACUGAACGGAAUAAAGUCAUAUCUGACAAGGAUGGUCUCUCCAAACAAAUUGAGGAGCUGCAGAAAACUUUGUCCAAAGUUAAACAGGAGAAUAAAGACAUUUCUUCUAACCUUAAGAACGCCGAUGAGCAAAAGAAGUCUUUUAUGAUGGACAUGGAGGCUUUGAAAACACAAUUAAAGCAGCAAGAGCAAGAAACCAGUCAGCUGACAAAAGAUAAAGAACAGCUGUUAUCUAAGCUUGAGGAGACGGGCAAACAGGUGACCUUGCUGACCACAGAGAAGGUAGACCUUUUAGCUGGACAGUGUAAAUUGGAGCAGAGCUUUUCUUCUCUCCAGACAAGCCAAGAAAGUUGGCUCGCAGAACGGUCAAGACUCCUGGGAGAGAUCGAGAAGAUGCACGCUAGCCAGAAACAACUAGAGGCUGAUAUCAAGGGCCUUCACACCGAUAAAGAACUUUUGGAAAAGCAAUGCAAGAGUGCUGUUGCAGAGGCAUCGGCUUCUGCCGUUGUGAAAGAGGAGAUUUCCUCCAGCAUCUCUAAUCUAACAGCUCAGAAGGAUGCCCUGCAGGUGGAGAGAGAUGAAGCCACCCAGCAAGUCAAGCAGCUGCAGUCCCAACUAAAAAAUGCCAUUUCUAAGCAGCUUGAGGCGACAGAGGCCUCCGGCAAGACUGCUGAGGCUCUGGAACAGCUGACAAAAGAGAAAGCCAGUUUGAUGCAGGAGAAGAACGAAGCCCAGUCUUUGCUGGAAGAGCUCCGGAGCUCCAAGCAGAAGAUGGAGACACAGCUGAAAUCAUUGGAGAAAAAUAAUUCGAAGUCCCAAGAAGAUCUGAAUGUAUCCAAAGAGCUGCUUUCCAUAGAGACUCAGAGGACUGAGAGUCUGAGCAAGGAGAUUGAGGAGCUUAAAGAAGCGGUUUCUGUGAAGACGCAGUCCCUGGAGACGCUCCAAGAGGAGAACAACAAGCUGACUCAGGAGCUUGAUAAAAAUCACAAAGGGCAGAGUGAUCUUCAGAAGCUCAAGGAUGAGUACUCAAAACUCAAAAAACAGCUGAAGCAAAGUGAGAGCACCUUGAAGGAGCAGUUUGACAAGGAGAAGGCUUCCCUCCAACAGUCCAUCCAUAAAAACAGUGCCUUAAUUUCAGAAAAGGACCAGCAGGUGGAAAACCUGAAGAGCGAGCUGGCUGUACUGCGUGGGGAAAGUGCCUCAGUUAAGACACUGCAGGGUACAAUUCAGGCCUUAGAGCGGGACAAGGCUAAUCUACAGGACCGUGUUCAGAGACUGGAGAAGGACCUGGCUGCUGGGCCUGACACCAUCAACAAGUCCUCAGGUGAUGCAGUUUUGGACCAACUAAGGGAGGAUAAGGAGACAGCAGAGAGUCAGAUUGAGUUCCUGAAUUCAGUCAUUGUUGACCUCCAGAGGAAAAAUGAGGAACUCAAGGACAAAUUGGAGAAAAUGGCAGCUGCUGCUCUGAAUGGGAAUAAUCCAAGUGAGCUGGAUAACUAUGAUGAUAGCCAUGACAAGAAGAAGAAGCCUCCCCCAAGGCUGUUCUGUGACAUCUGCGACUGCUUCGACCUCCACGACACUGAGGACUGUCCCACACAAAUGCAGAUGCCCGACUCCCCACCACACACCACCUACCACGGCAACAAGGGCGAAGAACGGCCCUACUGCGACAUCUGUGAGGUCUUUGGCCACUGGACCGACGCCUGUAACGAUGACCAGACCUUUUAAGCCUUUUUCCACCCUCGUUCGCACAAUCAGUAUAUUUGCACAUCAUGUUAGAUUAUGCCGUGCUUUUUGUGCUUUUUGGGGUUUUGGUUUGUAUGCGUGCAUCUCGUGUGCUUGUUUUUGCCAAGCGUCUUUAUUGUCCAUGCCAGUCCUUAAGCGCUCUUACAGGAGAAUGGUCUCCUCACAAUCUCCUUCCGAAAAAUAAUAUACAGCAGUUAACAAUUUUUAUUUGUAAUUGUAAAUGACUUUGGAGCAAAAAUGUUUGAUAUUCUGGGUUUGUGUGAGGAGGAGAUGUUAUAGGUGGAUGUAUCAACGCGGGAGAAGCGAUGAUCUUCAUCAGAUCAUUUAAUUUAUCAAUAUCCUGACAUUGUUUGCACAGCUCGUUGGGAAAUUACAAAGAUAAUAUAGUAUAAUGAAAGGUGUUUAUUUGAAGCUGUAAAUUACUUGAUUGAAAAAAAUAUCAGUUUGUGCAAAAAAUGGGUGAGCUAUAGUUUAUUUUUUUAUGCCUGGAAAUAAUAUGUACUCUAAAGGUUUGAUAGUAUGUGUGUGAUUUUGUGAGGGGUCGUCACAGGGGGGGAGAUUUUCUCACUCUAGCCUGGAGUGGAGCCGUGAAACACAGUGCUGUUUGGCUUUAAUAGGAACUUUUUUUAUGGUCUUCAUGAAGGAACUGAUGGAUGAUUGUUUAAAAAAACAAGCAGUGAGACUAAAAGCACUUCACACUGACUGUAACUCCCUCAGUUCCAGUGAAAUGGCCUUUCCAAAAGGUUUCUUUGCAAAUAAAAAAAAAAUCACAUCUGGAUGAAACAAUGAAAUACUUAGGCAUUUCUUUCAAAAAUGUUUUGAAUAUCUGUAUAAAAAUAAAUGAAAUUUA